AUGGGUGGCUCACAGCCAUUCAUGUAUAACGCUGAAUGGCGAAAUGACGCACGUUUUCGCACAACCAUUUUCGAUCCCAAGGCUGUGACGCGGGCCAGCUGGGAGCCAAAGCCCAGGAAACCACCUCGAAAGGGCCCUCUCAUCUCAUUCGAUCGACACCCCGAUGCCCACAUGGUCAUCUCACACCAAAAUAACCCAUACGUACCCCUUGGGCGGCAAGUGAAGAAGUGGACCAAGGCGCUGCGGAACGUUCAGCUCCUUGUUCGCAUUUUGGAAAUAAAUACAGCCAUUGGUUCCCUUGUCCUCCUAAUUCUCAUUACAAACAUCAACGAGGCCACAGGAUGGAUCAUGAGAAUUUCACCCGGCGUCGCCAUGGCUCACUGUUCAUACGCUAUAUACCACCUGUCUCGGAGCGCAUCUGGUCGUACACCUGGCUCUUCCGCUGCCUAUCACGUCUUCGCUGCUAUUUCCGAUCUGGUCGUCUUAUCUUUUGUACUCUAUGAUGAUUGGAGCAGCAGGCUUACACUUCAUAUCACUCUCGAUCUCCUUGUGGUUGGGAGUAAUGUUUCGCAGAAUCAGCCUAAUGCCACCAGAUAUGAAUCCCCUCGAGGACAAUCUGACAGCAAGGCCAUUCCAUAA